AUGACUGGAAACCUAAAUUUCAGAAGUCCGUAUGUGACUCCAAAGCGGAACUAUUGGAAUUAUUAUGACGACCAUUCUGAUUACUAUCGGGACUUCAAAUCUCAAUCACGUGACUACGACCAACGACUACGAACCUAUGAGCGAACGAUCUACUUCAUUCGUGUUAUGGCUUACAUGCAGAUUUUCAUUGCUGGCGUGCUGUUGGUGUCAGAUGUGUCGCGAAUUAUACUUUUAUGGACAUUCUUACAAUCCUUCAGCACCGUCAUCGAAAUGGUAAAACAGUUAGCAGGCUUUAAUCAAACUUAUCUUGAAUUAGUUGUUCAGCAGGGAAGAACAGAAAAGAUGAGACAUAUUGCAGUGGAAAUGAAGAAAAUGAAAAGCGCUUUGACAUCCGCCAUAGAUGCCGUUGAAGUGGCCCGAGCGGCUGAUCGGACGCUUAUGAAGGAGGUUUCUCUCGAUAUAACUAUGGGCAUGAUUCGUUCCAAAACUCAUCAUAAACUGUUGCGACUGCUAUCUGCCAUAGGGCCAAAAUGGCCGCUUGGCAUACAGGCAAGAAAAUUUCUAGGAAUUCUUAAAUUUGAACACCUUUAA